AUGGAGAACCAAACCCACAACCAACAACAACAACAACAGCCCCCCCAAGAGCCCCCCCAGCCCAGCAUGCUCGGCCCCCGUCGCGCCGCGCAAAACUCCGCCUUCCGCGAAAAACUACGGCAAAUGGCCUUGCCCCUCGCGCCCCUCGUCCAACUAACGACGGGAGAAAUCCACCCGUCCUUCCCGGGGACGCUCUUAAACUUCUGGCUGCUGACGGACGCGGAGCUCGAGGCGCUCGCGCACUUCUACCACCAGCGGACGCCGUGCCGCUGGACGUUCCACUACCCGUGCCCGGUGCCGUGGGCGUCGGGGAUGCCGCUGGAGGAGAAGCGGCGGCGCAUCGGGAGGUUCAUCGGGCUCAGGGGGUGCGAGACGCCGUUGCGGGUGAAGAGCGAGGAGGAGAUACUGGAGGAGGCGAGGCUGGCGAGGGUUGCGGAGGAGGAGGCGAUCUGGAGGCGGAAGAUGCCUUGGUCGAAUUAG